UAGCUUGCUCUGUACCAGAGUGUAAAUGUGUAAAAGGAGGGUAGAUUCAGUGGUCAACAAAUACCUUUCUUUUUCUAAAAUUCUGUGGUUCAUUACACUUUUCUGAAAACAAAUUUGUUAUUGUUCUAACUUAAAGAGGCACUUUUUUGUUUGUUUGUUUGUUACUUUUUUGAGACCUAUACAAACUAGGCUGGACUUGAACUUGGGGUGAUCUUCCUGCCUCCCAAGUGUUCUGAUUAUAGGUUUAUAUUACUGUGCCUAGUAAAUAAAAUGUUUUGUUUCUUUCUGAUGCCCAGGCACGGUGGCUUUCUGUAAUCCCAGCACUUGAGAGGCUGAGGCAGGAGGAUCACUCACAAGUUCAAGAUCAGCUUGGGCUAUGUCGUGAGUUUCAUACCAUCCUGGGCUACAGAAUGAGACCUUGUCUCAGAAAAACCACCAGGCCAGGCUUUGUAAGCCCUUGAUAGCACAUGUCUUUAAUCCCAGCACUCAAAAAUCAAACAAACUCAAAUCACCAAUAGUAAAACAUGGUUCUAGGCUGGGCGGUGGUGCUCUCCUUUAAUCCCAGCAGUCGGGAGGCAAAGGCAGACAGAUCUCUGUGAGUUCGAAGCCAACCUGGUGUACAAAGCGAGUUCCAGGACAGCCAGGGUUGUUACACAGAGAAACCCUGUGUUGAAAAACAAAAAAAACCAAAAACAAACAAGCAAAAAAAAAAACAAAAAAAACACCCCCAAUGGUUCUAGAGGUGAAACAAAGUGUGUGUUUGUUGGUAUCUUAACUGUAGCUGGCCUAGAAUCUCUGUAGCCCAGGUUGGCCUCUAACUCACAGAGAUCUGCCUGCCUCUGCCUCCUGAGUACUGAGAUCAAAGGCCUGCGCCACCAUGCCUACUCAUGCUGUGUUUACUUUUAAAGAAAAAAAACAAAUGAUGGCCUAGGGAGAUGGCUCAAUAAUUAAUGGUGCCUGAUAACCUGAAUGGAGCUCCUAGAGCAGGGGUUCUCCGCCUUCCUAAUGCUGUAACCCUUUUACAGUUCCUCAUGUUGUGGGGACCCCCAGCCAUAAAAUCAUCCCAUUGCUACUUCAUAACUGUAAUCUGGCUACUGUUAUGAAUCAUAAUGUACAUAUCUGAUAUGCAGGAUAGCUGAUAUUUGACCCCUGUGAAAGGGCUGUAGACCCACCUAAUGGAAGGUGAGAACAGAAUCAUGUAAGUUAUCCUCUAGUCUCCAUAUACUACCACCCCUAUAGACACACAAAUAAAUUCAAUAAAUGUAAAUAUUUAUUAUAGAAAAGGCAAUGAUGAGACUUUAUAGAUGGUACAGUUGACCAAUAUAGAAAAACAAACAAUUUCAGUUAUAAUUCAGUGUAAACCAAACAUGAUAAUACCUGAUUGUGUUUUGUUUUGGACCUAUAAAUAGAGCAGAGUGGUUUAAAAGCACAUUAGUAUUCAUUACUGCUGUGGAUAACAGAGAUACUCCAAAUAAAGCUUGGUGGAGACGACAGGAUAAUAAAUACAACAUCUUUGGGAGUGUUUGGCAGUUACACUUUUACAAAUCAUUUCAAAGAAAGUAACAAAAAAGAAAUUCAUCUCAGCUUUACUUACAAAUUUUAGUCUGAGUAGCAAAAUGCUUCACUUCAGAGAUCCUACCACACCAGGAUAUCAGGUAAUGUAACCCAGGUGCAGUAGGGAGCAGCUAAUGAUCAGUGGGAAGAGAAGGCCACACAAGUACUUCGAUGGUGGGUUCGAAUUGUGAAGUUUCCCUAAUUACCUAAAUUCCUAUAAUUUGUAAGAAAAACAAGGCCUACCUUAUUCCCAUUUAGUCAGAGCUUAAUUAGGCAAGUAAAUCAUUUAAUUUUUUCAUGUAGCCCAGACUGGUUCAUCAUCCUGUCUCCUAAAUUCUGGAAAAGUUACUCAAAUCUUUUCAAGUUUUUUCUUCAGUAUAAUGAUGCUCAUUAUUAACAGGUUUGUCUUAAUGAUUAAAUGUGAUAAACUUGUCUACAAAGGCACCAAGCCCAAGGCUUGCUUUCUGUAAACUUUCCUGCUAAACCCUGCUCCUCUUGGGACGUUGGAAAGUAACGAAUUGUUGAGCUGUUCUGGCGGUCUCCCUAGUCACCUCCGAGGAAGCACAAAAUUUUGAAAGCCAACGGCGCCCGCCGGGUGGGGCUCGGGUGACAUCAUCGCUCCCCACGCUCCGGUCUCCUUCCCUCCCUGGCUUUGAGGCUAUAGCGGAGCCAUAGAAACUAGAAGACAUAGGUGUACGCAUGCGUACAGCGAGGCCGGCGCGCUGCCUUUCCAAGUGUUUCCCACGCCCAGGGCGCUAUCCUGAAGUGCUAGCAGAGGAGUCCAUCGUGUGCCUCCAGAAAGCUCUGACUCACCUCCGGGAAAUAUGGGAAUUAAUUGGGAUUCCAGAGGAACAGCGAUUACAAAGAACUGAAGUUGUGAAGAAGCAUAUCAAGGACCUUCUGGAUAGGAUGAUUGCUGAAGAGGAGAGCCUGAGGGAAAGGCUUCUCAAGAGCAUCUCCAUCUGUCAGAAGGAACUGAGUACGCUGUGCAGUGAGUUACAAGUGAAGCCGUUUCAGGAAGAAAGAGACACAACUGUCUUGCAACUAGAAAAAGAUUUGCGCACUCAAGUAGAAUUGAUGAGAAAACAGAAAAAGGAGAGAAAGCAGGAACUUAAGCUACUGCAAGAACAAGAUCAGGAACUCUGUGAAAUUCUCUGUAUGCCUCCCUAUGAUGUGGACAGCACCUCUGUCCCCACCUUAGAAGAGCUAAACCUGUUCCGACAACGUGUGGCAACUUUGAGGGAAACAAAGGAAUCUAGGCAUGAGCAAUUUGUCAACCUUAAGAAACAAAUCAUAUUGUGUAUGGAAGACUUAGAACACACUCCAGAUACAAGCUUUGAGAGAGACGUCGUGUGUGAAGAUGAAAGUGCCUUCUGUUUAUCCCUGGAGAACAUCGCAACACUACAGAAGCUGCUGCAGCAGCUCGAAGUGAAAAAAUCAAAAAAUGAGGCAGAGUGCGAGGGACUCCGUGCUCAGAUCCGAGAGCUCUGGGAUAGGUUACAAAUACCUGAAGAGGAGAAAGAACCUGUGGCUGCAGUUAUGACUGGGUCAAAAGCCAAAGUCAGGAAUGCGCUGCAGUUAGAAUUGGAUCGGUUAGAAGAACUGAAAAUGCAAAACAUAAAGCAAGUGAUUGAGACAAUCCGAGUGGAGCUGGCUCAGUUCUGGGACCAGUGUUUCUACAGCCAGGAGCAGAGGCAGGCUUUCGCCCCUUACUACUCUGACGACUACACCGAAAACCUGCUUCAUCUUCAUGAUGCCGAGAUUAUACGGUUAAGAAACUAUUAUGACGUGCAUAAGGAACUAUUUGAAGGUGUCCAGAAAUGGGAAGAGAGCUGGAAACUCUUCCUAGAGUUCGAGAGAAAAGCUUCAGACCCAAGUCGGUUUACAAACCGAGGGGGAAAUCUUCUCAAAGAAGAAAAGGAGCGAGCGAAGCUCCAGAAAACACUCCCUAAGCUGGAGGAGGACUUGAAAGCCCGGAUUGACAAGUGGGAACAAGAGCAAUCAAUGGCAUUUGUGGUGAACGGGCAGAAAUUCACGGAGUACAUUACAGAACAAUGGGAGUUACAUCGGCUGGAGAAGGAACGAGUCAAACAGGAGAGACAACUAAAGAACAAGAAACAGACAGAGACAGAGAUGCUGUAUGGCAGUGCUCCCCGGACACCUAGCAAGAGACCAGGAGUGACUCCCAGCAAGCCAGGCAAAGUACGCAAGAUGAACACCACCACCAUGUCCAGUGCUACACCCAAUAGCAGCAUUCGGCCUGUCUUUGGUAGAACAAUGUACCGUUCACCUGUAUCCCGACUACCUCCUUCUGGCAGCAAGUCAGUAGUCACUUCUAUGUGUUCUGGAAAGAAAACACCUAGAGCUGCCCGGCUCAGGGCCAACAAGGAGAACAUGGAGCUCAAUGGCAGCAUCCUGAGCGGUGGGUACUCUGGCUCGACCCCCCUCCAGCACAACUGCAGCAUUAAGUCUGUUGCCAGCACCUAUUCUGAGUUUUCGAAGGACCCGUCCCUCUCUGACAGCUCCACUGUUGGGCUUCAGCGAGAACUUUCAAAGGCUUCCAGAUCUGAUGCUACUUCUCGAAUCCUCAAUUCAACCAACAUCCAGUCCUGAGAAUCCUUGACCAGUUAGCCAGCUGUGGCUUCCUAGGCCUAGACUGGACUGACUGACUUUACUAUACAGGGGUGACUAUAGUUUUUCUGCAGUUUAGGUAUGUUUGAAACAACCUUGGGCAGGUUCUGUGUGUACCUAACUUAAGAUGGAGUACAAGAGAUGAAAAGCCUUCAUAGGUGUAGUAGGUCCACAGAGACACCUUAAAAAUCUAGUUAUGACUGUUAAGUACAAAUUUUAACAUCUGGUACCUAAUUUUUUUCUCUACCCCAUAAUUCUACUUAAAGAAUGAUCAAGGGUCUGUCUUAUUACAUUACUGUAUUGAAAAAUGAGAAAAUGAUUGUGCCCAGCCUUGGGGUAUGAGACAAGCAAUUCUGGCUUGUAGACUUGGAAUUAGCAAUUAACAUCUUUACCAAAAAAAAAAUUUUGUUGUUGUUUAGGGACAUUCAAUUAAUGCUGUAGCUGUGGUAGCUUUGAUUUUACCCUGAGGCCUAUGCCCCUCGCCCCGCACUAUCCCAAUGAGGAUUUCUUGUGUUCCAGCAUUUGAGAUGGCUUGACCUGCUGCCAAAGAGUAGCAGUAAGAGUUGUGUGUAUGUAGAGUACAAUCUCUUUAUGAAGUGUGUGUGUGUGAACACACAUGCUUGUCUGACCUGUUGAGUUUUCUCCAGGCUCCAUCCCUGUGCUCACUGUGCCUAGGUCUAUUAUUCCUUGUAGUUGACAACCACAUGGAGAGGCUGGGGGGGGUCAUUUUGUCAUGGACGCCAGCAACUUUGCACAUCUGAAAGGAAGUGUUCCUGCAGUCACAUCCAGAAGAUCACUACUCUUCCCAAAGCACUAUUAUUUAUUCUCUGCCUGUGCUAGUUCUGUCAAACAUUAAAUGACUUUCAAAUCUGUGUCAGCAUGCUGUCUGUUUACUCAAAUAUAUAUGUUCUCCUUUUAAAUAUAUUAAAAUAAAGUGCAUUACCUUUCAAAAACUA